GCAUCGUGUCUGUUAUUUAGUGUUUUUUCUUAUUAUCGUGUGAAUAAACAUAUACAUUUAAGUGACACGUAGUAACGUACUUACCUACUAUCGGUUACGAAAAAAGAAAUAAGUAUGGCGGUAACGAGCGAUGCUAUGUAUAACGCAGGAACCAUCGUUCCAUCGUUUAUGUCGACAAACAUAUACUACGGUUACGUGCCGCAUUGUAAAAGAGAAAAUCAACGCAACGCUGCGUGCGAGCAUGCCGAAAUUUCGAAACCAUUGCUGUUCGAUUGUUGUUCGUAUGAUACAGCUAUGGAAACCGAUGAUGACGGAUGUGGUUAUUCUACGGUGUCAGGCCGUUUGAAUAACGAUUACGUGAUGCUGGAAGCAUCAGUACAGAAACGAUUAAAAACAAACGACAAACUACAACAAUGUCAACAACAGACAGCAUACAACGCGGAUACGCUUCGACACAGGAACCGGAAGCGAUGCAACAGUGAUCUCAGCCCCACAAGCCAACUGAAAAAGUUUCGGGAAGGCAGUGGUAAGGACCACGUACACUAUGGUACAGGAAGUACAAAGGACUAUGGAUUGGCUACUGUGUCUUGUGAAUCUGAGGCUUUACAUGUAAAUACUGCCAACAAUAUUCUGCAAGAAUCUAUGAUUACAAAUGAGAGCUGCUGCUGGACAGCAGGUAAUCAUAAUCUGUUAUAUAAUUCAGAAUGUAAACAGUUAUUGUCCAGUAAUGAACAUAAAUCAAUUGAAAACAGUGUUGAAUAUGAAAAGAUUUUAUUUGAAACACAUGGGUGCUCGAUAUACCAGUUCCAUCGAUUGCAACUGGUUGAUAAUGACUGUAAUGAGACAGAAUUUUAAACAACUGACAAUCAUUUAUAAUGUUUAUAUUUUUUGUAUUUGUAUC